CGCCUGAGAUCAGGCAGGCUCGGCGUUGAUUGCUUUUUGGGCGAGUGGUGAUCACUGGGCAACGACGUGCAAGGCAAGACUGCUGGCCGCUCUUGACCUGGUGUUGGAUGGCGAUAGCUACCUCUCUCCUACUGACCUAGGUACCUAAGCAGCGCCUCGACGUCGACCCCCAGUCACGUCAGAUGCAUUCCAGCAUCUCCUUCGUCUGGGGAAAUAUAUCUCGAGAUUAGCGUUCCGGGAAUCGGGUCUGCCACCUCUAUGUCCCUUGCAUCCGUCUUCCGGACAGCCAUGUCCUCUCGUCUCAAGAACAGGCGGCUUCCGGUCGCGGGUUCACGCUUAAUCGACUUAAGCACGCGGGGCCUCUCGAUUCGAGACGGACAUGGAGCCACUGCGCUCCAUGCCCACCAGCUGGUCCCCCCUAGAAAGUCUCCUGAGCACACUCGCCAGCCCGGCCUGUGUCGCUGGGAGAGGAGGUCGGUCAUGCGAUGACGUGUUGCGUAGACUCUAGGAGACGAGGACGGGGGGCAAUGGGAUUCAUGCCAUUGACUGAGACAGAGCUUCAGGACUCAACACACAAAUGCAAAUUCACUUGAUUGGCUAGUUUUCUCGGCAACGUGGUAUCAACCGACUUCGAAACACAAAAAACAAAAACAAAAAACAAGAUGAACACCCAUCAUCGAUCGUCCAACGCUGAGGCCACGCUCCGUCCUCUUCGGACGGCCCCAUUCCACCCCGCCCAUACUGGCUUGCUCGGCCUGUCCUUUUCCCGAUACACGCACACAAGAAAUAUUGGGGAA